AUGGGCGAUUCGGAGCCGACGGUCAGGAAAAAGGACAACAAGGACGGUAAAUGCACCCAAGUAAGUUUUUUUCGUUUUUGUUCUGUUGUUUUUUAGCUAUUAGAAAGCUGCUGGAAAUAGUCUCACUUUAUAUUAUACUUGAUCUAACACCUAAAUUUUUCUCGAAAUUUCAAAGUUUGCAGUUUACAUUACGUCUUGUAAGUUCGAAAGGGCCUAUUCUUCAUGCCAGCUCUUUUGGGCAGAUUUUAUGCAUCUGUAUUACAUUUGAUAUGAAAGUUUGAUCAAUCUUCUUUUAGGUUACCUCCAUUGCCCUCGAAUCCAGGCUCCAUGACGAUUUGAAACGCAUGAAGAAGAUCCGUCUUCACCGUGGUCUCCGUCACGCUGGCUUCAAAGUUCCCCAUGUUCGAUAUAUCGUUUUCUUAUUUUUUAUGUUCUUCUUAAUGAUAAUGAGGAAAAUAAAAUUAAAGGAAGUUAUAAUGUAUUCUUUUUUUGAAGGUUUUUUGUUUAGAAUAGAUAAUAAGAGGUAAUGAAUAUACGUUAAACAUGUGUUAUUAAAGAUGAAUGUUAGUUAUAGCGAUCAUAAAGUCUCUCUCAUUGUCAAUGUUGCUACUCCUUCCGGAAAGUCGCCGGACUAA